CGUCACUGCGUAUGUCAGGGCUGCAGCUGUCUUAGAGCAACAAUAACAAGCUCUGCCACAUUAACUUAGCACGGCUUUAACGCUCCCUGACAGCGCCAGAUAACACAGAAUCUCGUCAAAAUGUGGCUCUCGGAAUAACUUAGACCUCUGUUUCCUCGUCGUCCGAGUCGAACACCGGGGUUACCGUCUCCGCCACCGCCGCUCCAGACCCGGAGAGUCGGUCGCAGGGGGAGCAGGGCAGGCAGGGCUGCAUCUGGGUCAGUGGGCCUGUCGGCGGCAGCACCGGUGUUAUCCCCGCGGGCUCACAUUGCGCCUGUCAUUCGUUUUUAUAUAGCCUACAUACCCGCAUAACCCGCGGUAACAUGCAGGGGGACGGGGCAGGACAGGACCAAGACUCAGAACUGUCCUGCCGAAACGGUGCGCAGAACGGCGAGUCGUCCUCCACCGGAGAGGCUCACUCCAACGGGCUGGAGUCGGUGACUAACAAUGGAAACACUGUCAACAACAACGGAGUGUCAGCACCGCCGGAGUCCAGCAACAGCACGGUGGACACUAGGAAGAAGAAGCGCCUGUCUCAGUGCGAGGAGGACGUCAUCAGGCUCAUCGGACAGCAUCUCCACGACCUGGGGCUCAAUCAGACGGUGGACCUCCUGAUGCAGGAGUCAGGGUGCAGACUGGAGCACCCCUCCGCCACCAAGUUCCGCAACCAUGUCAUGGAAGGAGAGUGGGACAAGGCUGAGAGUGACCUGAAUGAACUGAAGGCAUUGAUGCAUUCUCCCAGUGCUAUAGUGCGGAUGAAGUUCCUGCUGCUGCAGCAGAAGUACCUGGAGUACCUGGAGGACGGGAAGGUUCUGGAGGCCCUGCAGGUGCUCCGAGCCGAGCUCACUCCUCUCAAGUACAACACGGAGCGGAUCCACAUCCUGAGCGGGUACCUGAUGUGCAGUCAUGCAGAGGACCUGCGAGCCAAAGCAGAGUGGGAGGGCAAAGGCACGGCGUCCCGCACCAAGCUGCUGGACAAGCUGCAGACAUACCUGCCCCCCUCAGUGAUGCUUCCCCCCCGGCGCCUGCAGACCCUCCUGAAGCAGGCGGUGGAGCUGCAGAGGGAGCGCUGCCUGUACCACAACACCAAGCUGGACAGUGGGCUGGACUCUGUGUCCCUGCUGCUGGACCACGCCUGCAGCCGGAAGCAGUUCCCCUGCUACACUCAGCAGAUCCUCACUGAACACUGCAAUGAAGUCUGGUUCUGCAAGUUCUCCAACAACGGCACAAAACUGGCAACUGGGUCCAAAGACACGACGGUCAUAUUGUGGCACGUGGACACGGAAACCCAGCAGCUGAAGUUGAUGAAGACUCUGGAGGGUCACGCUUACGGGGUCUCGUACCUGGCGUGGAGCCCUGACGAUACGUAUCUGAUCGCCUGUGGACCUGAUGACUGCUCUGAGCUGUGGCUGUGGAACGUUCAGACGGGGGAGUUACGCACCAAGAUGAGUCAGUCUCAUGAGGACAGCCUGACCAGUGUGGCCUGGAACCCCGACGGUAAACGCUUCGUCACCGGGGGCCAGAGGGGCCAGUUUUACCAGUGUGACUUGGAUGGGAACCUGUUGGACUCCUGGGAAGGGGUCCGGGUUCAGUGCCUGUGGUGUCUGAAUGACGGCCGGACCAUGCUCGCAUCCGACACACACCAACGCAUUCGUGGAUACAACUUUGAGGACCUGACGGACAGGAACAUAGUGCAGGAGGACCACCCCAUAAUGUCCUUCACUGUUUCCAAAAACGGACGGUUAGCUCUGCUCAAUGUCGCAACUCAGGGAGUGCACCUAUGGGACCUGCAGGACCGGGUGCUGGUGAGGAAGUACCAAGGCGUGACCCAGGGCUUCUACACCAUCCACUCCGGCUUCGGAGGGCACAAUGAAGACUUCAUCGCUAGUGGCAGCGAAGAUCACAAAGUUUACAUCUGGCACCGGCGCAGCGAGCUGCCCAUCGCUGAGCUGACGGGGCACACCCGCACCGUCAACUGUGUGAGCUGGAACCCUGUCCUGCCCGGGCUGCUGGCCAGCGCCUCUGACGAUGGGACCGUCCGCAUCUGGGGCCCCGCCCCCUUCCUGGAUGUCCAGGAGGCAGACGGCCUCAAUGAUUGUAGCAGCAUGGACAGCUGAUGGUGUGCGCUGAGCCUGAGGAGCAUUGAGACUCUGAACUCUUUGAACUGAUGAAGCAGGAAGUGCUCCCGUCGUCAGGCAGCAGCUUCCUGGAGACGGCCCGCGGUGCUGCAUGUCAGGAUGUCACCACACAGAGAUGUCAGAGCAGGCACAUCAUCCAGAGCAGAGCCGGACACAUGAAGCUCUGACCAUCAUCACCACCACCUCCUCCUCCUCCUCCUCCUCCUCCUCCUCCUCCUCCUCCUCCUCCUCCUCCUCCUCCUCCUCCUCCUCCUCCUCCUCCUCCUCCUCCUCCUCCUCCUCCUCCUCCUCCUCCUCCUCCUCCUCCUCCUCCUCCUCCUCCUCCUCCCUCUCCACCACCCAGGACCACCAACCUUCUCUUAUUUAUUAUCAACUACAUUAUUUAUUCAUGAGUAGUUUACUGACUUGUGCUAGGCUGUGACAUAGCGGCGCCUUGUGGACGGUGUGUUCUAGGUUUGUUUUCUAUGAGCUGCUCACACCAAGCAGCAGAACCCCUUUCCCUCCUCACCUGCAGAACCUAUUUAGAGAUUUGAACCAUCCAAACAUUUGAUGGAUGCACCCACUUGAAGAGAAUCUUAAUAUCCUUGUCUUUUCUUUCAUUCAUACGUCCUGCUUCAUCUCUUCAAUCCGCUGUGUCGAUGCCUUCUGAGAGUAAGCAGCAGCUAAUGUGUGGAAACCUGUAGAGUUCAAGGGACCUUCUGUCAACACAGAGGAUCUCUGUAGUUUCCCUCAUGCCAUCAGUGGAUUUGUAUCUUUAUUUUUCCCUUCAGUAUUUACUCUUUGAUUCAUCUUUUCCUGCUUACAAACAGCAUAUGAAUUUCACUUGGUUUGGUUUAGUUACAUGUUCUGAGUUUAAUGGCGUUUGUUUGGAUUUACUACAAAUGGAGAUAUAAUGUUUAAAGAGACACUCUGAUGUAUUGCUUUACCUUCAACAUCACGGCUCAGUGUGAAGUGUUUUAGAGAUGAGGCUGGUGUUAUAUUUUAUAUUGUUAAAAAAUCUAAUGCAGAAACCAUCAAUGUGUGUGUUCAAGGUGAUGAAGAAUAUGUUACCCAGUGCAACUGUGAUACAGAAGGAAUAAUACAUAUCAGGCGUUGAUACACACACAAAACUUCCUAGAAGAUACCGUUAUUAUUUUUGGUCUCUGCAUUAGAUUGAAUUAUGCUACAAAUAAAUACAAAAUUGCCAGCCUUCUCCUUUUAUUUGAACACACCCCAGUGAGCUGACACACACAGUAACACUGAUGGAUCUGUAACAAAACACGUUUGUACACAAUUGUAAAAUAUGAAGUGUAAAAGAGCAAUUUUGCCUACUAUGAUAUUCUAUGAUGUGCUGUAUAUUUAUUUGUUAUGGCAUGUAUUAUGCGGCUGUGUAGAGUGGCAGGAUGUCGGGUGUGUUCAGGGUUCCCAUGCCGUUUUCUUUUACUGUCAAAUUCAGAAAGCUUUCAGAGCUUCGCACCAAAUGUUCCUGACUGAAAUUCACAAACUGUGGAGCCAAACAUACAUUUUGGAUAUUUAAAAUGGAUCAUUUCGUGACAUAUUUUCCAAACCGCUUCAACAGAAUAUUAUUUUUUAAGGCUUUGAAGUGGAUAAGUGCAGGAGCGUGGGAACCCUGUUCAUCAUCAGCAGCGCCUCCAUCACAGAACACACACGCUAGUGGAACACAACAAUAGAUGUCUGACUCACACAAACUUGAUCUACUCACAGACGUGGUGUUCUAGUGACUUUCUUUGUUUAAUCGGAGUAUUUCUGGCUUCUCGCUGUAAGAAGCCACAGUAGGAACUUAGUUUGCUUGCAGGCAGUUUCUGCCAGAAAACCAUUUUACGUUUUAAAUGUGUUACUACAAAAAAAGUGAUUGUACUGUUCUGUAUUGUAUGUAGAAGAAGUGUUAUGUAUGCAUAUUUUAAAUAAAGAAUUCAGGGUUUUAAAAUGUAA